ACAAAGUCUCAGACAUAGGACUAUCUGUACUUUUACAUUUUUUUACAGACGGCCGACUUCAAAUUCUAUAAAAUUAAAAGGUUUAUUCUUGGCGCUAACACAUGGAACAUAUAAGUUUUCUUUUAGUUUGUAUCACGUAAUUACCCGAAACUGCAAACUUUGGUAAAUAUUAUAUAAGCGGACCUGAUCAAGUCCACUCUGACUUUUAACUAUUAUACCAACUGCGAUCGUAUAAACUAGAAAAUAUGAGUUUUCCUGCAAAUGCCCACGUUUAUAUUCCUAAAGUCGUCCUCAAAGCUGGCGAAGGAGACAAGGUCCUUAAUUUAUUGAGUGAUGUGAGUACACAUGUCCUUAAGAAUGAACCUUUUACCUCAUGCUACUACUUUGCUCGCGAUGCUGCGAAUCCAGAUAGCAUUUGGGGCAUUGAAAUUUAUGACAACAAGGACGUCUUAGAAACUGCUCACAAAACCUCUUCCCCUUUCCUGAAGUUUGCCGGUUAUCUCACAUCUGAACAGGCCCCCAUGACCGAGCCUCUGCAACUAUUAAACUUUGAAAUUGUUGAUGGCUUUUUGAACAAAAAUGGCGCUGGUGACUCUCCUGACGAUUACGUUGUUUACACUGAAUACAAGGCUUCUGGUAAUCCUGAUGAGUUAAAGAACCAGCUUACAGUGGAUCAGCAAGCUGAUACGAGUCUUAUCCUUCACUCUUUGGAUGAUUCUUUGGUCUUUGCUACAGUCACUAGAUAUGCCAAAGGCAGUAAGCAACCUCAACCCGCCCAAAUUCCAGGUGCUACUGCUACUAGCCAGCGUGUCAUUUAUUCCAACGUAGGAUUUUUAGCACGCAGCUAAAUGAUUUGUCUACAUUUAGGAUAUUGUUACUACUUGAUAGAAACGAUGAUCGCUAUCAUAAUGCCCAUGAAGUAUGAAAUGAUAGUCUUAUUAUGUCAAAUUCACUAUAAGUGAAUUUUUAAUCAGUAAAAAAUGACCCAUAAAUCAAUACGCUAAUUAAACCAACCUUAUGCAAGUGUAAACAC